CUCAUCACCUUGUUCAGUAAGUCACCUGAGGACACAGCGUUUGCUAACAAACUCAACAAGCUCAGAGCGGAACCAGACUAACACGCUUCUGACUCAGGCAUCACAUUCACAUUGUUACAACAUCAGAAAUCUGCUCAACGGCACACAAAUGUUGCUUCGGCUCGGCUUUAGCUGUCCGGAGCAUCAUCAGAGAGCAAUCAGUGGCUGAAACCGGAUCUGAGCGUCCAAAUGAGAAUAGAAGCUCACACAGGAAACUCAGCUGAAGCUUUCUGGAGUCGGAUCUACAUCACAUCGUGUUUUAGCGUUACAGAUGUGUAGGUUGUAGUUCUUUCUCUGGAUUUGAAAAGAAUGCAUCAUAAAAGAUGAUUUACUGAACUUUCCACGCAGGAAAAGGGAUUUAUACAGCAGCUAUUUGAAUAACUCAUUCGUUCAAGUGUAGCAGGGGAACUGUUUAUCUGACGAAACCAGACGUGAAACGUCUUCUUCGGUCAUUUAGUGCCAAAACGCUUCAGUGCGUCUAAAAUGCAACACACCUCCUGAGACUGACACAAACAAACAAAUCACUCAUACAGAGUUGUUUGGUUAGAGCUCUUACAUUACGUAAAAGGCAGGUUUUAAAUAUAACUUUGUCUGGUUUGUUUCGUCCUCCUGUGCAGAAAAGGUGGUUUGCAUAAAGAGAAAGGCUGACGGGAGAUUCGCAGCAUGAGUAGAGCGUUCUCCAGGGGCGUUUUCUUCCUGGUCAUCCUGCAGGGCGCAGCAGUGGUGCUGGUCUGCCACUGGUUCCUUCAGCUCUCUCCCUGCUCGUCUCCUCCUCAAAGAAAGGUUCAUGUCUUGUUGCUGUCGUCGUGGCGUUCGGGCUCGUCCUUCCUGGGUCAGGUUUUCAGUCAGCACCCGUCUGUUUUCUAUCUAAUGGAGCCCGCUUGGCACGUGUGGACCAGAGCAGAGAGACCUCGGGCCCGGCUCCUCCGGAUGGCUGUGAGGGAUUGUCUAUGGAGUCUCUACCAGUGUGACUUCUCAGUGAUGGAUGCUUAUCUCCCAGAAAACCCCAGAGUUUCCUCUUUAUUCAUGUGGACAGAAAGUCAGGCUCUGUGCUCGCCUCCAGCCUGUUCCAUUACAGCAAAUAAUGAGACCCAGUGUCUUCAGAAAUGUGACGCUGCAGGUCUGCAGACGGCGGAGAAGGCCUGCAGCUCAUACAGUCAUGUGGUGAUAAAAGAAACACGAUUAUUUGAACUGGAAUCUCUUUUUCCUCUGUUGCAAGACCCUACUCUGGAUCUCCGCAUCAUCCAUCUGGUCCGGGAUCCACGGGCCGUUCUGAGGUCCAGAGAGGAGUCUGCUGCAUAUUUGGAGUUUGAUGACGCUGUUGUCUUGGGGCAGAAGAAGGUAGAUCAGGUUCAGUAUGAGGUGAUGAAGGAAAUCUGCCAGAGCCACAUUCGCAUCAGUGAGACAGCUUUCCUGAACCCUCCAUCAUUCCUGGGAGGCCGCUACAAACUUGUUCGCUAUGAGGAUGUGGUACGCAACCCUAUAAAGGAGGCCAGUGAUCUUUAUGAUUUUGUAGGGUUGGAGAUGACUGAAAAGGUGGGUGAAUGGAUCUACAGGAAGACCCGCGGAAGGAGGAAAGGCACUUGGAAGGACGCUUUUCAGAUUAUUUCUCGAGACGCUACCCAGGUGUCUGAGGCCUGGGGCACCAUGCUGCCUCACAGCAAGGUUAGCCUCAUUCAGGAAGUGUGUAAAGAGGCCAUGUGGCUGCUCGGCUACAGGAAAGUCGACAGUGAAAAACAACAAAAGACACUUGAUCUGGAUCUGUUAGAUCCACUGGAUCCACAUAAAAACCAACGAAAUACUUAGUUAUCAGAGCGGCUUCACAGAUGUACCUCCGGUCUGAGAACUGUGCAGACUGAUCGAGCACAGACGUGUGUGCAAAUCAGUUCUGCUGUUGAGAUUUAAAGGACCAACCAAGAACUCUGUUUGCAAAUGAGCUUUCAGCUAGAAAGUCUGAACAGGACAACGGCUGCGUUGUUCUUACAAGUGAGCCUUUUUGUGCUCCUCAAUCAAAUAAACCUAAACUAAACUGAUUGUAAUGUUUUUCCGUUUUGUUCAAUUCAAUUCAAGUUUAUUUAUAAAGCGCCAAAUCACGACAAGAGUCGUCUCAAGGCACUUCACAAAAUUAACAUUCUAAUUCAGGUCAGUUCAUUAAGCCAAUCAGAAAUAAAGUUUCCUAUAUAAGGAACCCAGCAAAUUGCUGUAAAGUCACUGACUAGUGUCAGUGACUUUACAGCAAUCCUCAUACUAAGCAAGCAUAAAGCGACAGUGGAGAGGAAAACUCCCUUUUAACAGGAAGAAACCUCCAGAGAAUCCUGGCUAACCCCGGGUUUCCA